CGGGCUCCUGCGGCGGCUGUAGGACGCGCUCCAGCUCGGGGAAGGGCAGCUCGGGCAGAUCCCCGUGACCUCCCCGGUUAACUGCCGUUACAAGGCUGCCCCGCGAAGUGGAAUUGCCGAAUUCCCAAAACUUCAGUUCAACUUUGUGAUGUCUUCCCCUGAAAUUACUUCCCUUUCUUGGGGUCAGAUGAAGGUGAAAGGCUGCUCUACAACAUAUAAGGACUGCAAAGUAUGGCCAGGAGGAAGCCGGACUUGGGAUUGGCGAGAAACUGGGACUAAUCAUUCUCCAGGAGUGCAGCCAGCUGACCUUGAAGAAGUCAUCAAGAAGGGUGUUAAAACUGUGGUGAUUGGUCGUGGCAUGAGUGAGGCGUUGCAGGUUCCAGCAUCCACUGUGGACUAUCUGAAGAAGAACGGGAUCGACGUGCUGGUGCUGCAAACGGAGAAGGCGGUGGCGGAGUACAAUGCCCUGGCUGCUCAGGGUGUCAAAGUGGGCGGCGUCUUCCACUCCACCUGCUGAAGCACAGCUCAUUCCGCCUUCCAGGCCCGCAGCCAAAUCACGGGCACACCUCUGCUCUAUCUAAUUGCACACUGCUGAGGGUGAACUUACGUGCCAGGGCAUUUGUGCAUCGACAAUCUAAAAUGCAAAGACAGUUUAUUAGUUCAGGAUUUAAACAAAUUGAGGGCUCACAAAAGAUGGGGCUAUUAAUGUAAUUAAAUUGUUUAAUUACAGAAUCAUUUCCAUAUAUUGUUGAGAUCGACCUAAUUUUCUUCUGAAGGCUGUCCAUAGUCUUGUUACUUAACUUUUCUUCACAGCCUGUUGACUAAAUCAGAAGACUGUGUUUAGAAUACUUUUAUUAGAAAAAGGCCCAAAAUUACAUUACUGGCUACUGGAGUGCAGCCAUUAAACAGCUGAUGAGCACAAUCAAAUAGUAGAUAUGAGGAGGUGGUAAAGAAGCCCUUUACCACCACUGGAUAAAUAUGAUAAAAAUAAAUUUAAAAGCAAAACCCAGGACAUACAACUUUACCUUCUGCAGGUGACCUAUCAGGGUAUUUGCCAAUUUAUGAACAUCACAUAACAGAGCGCUUUUAAAUUUUUAUUGAGCCUGAAGAAGGGGAAAAAUGUCGACAGGGUAUAAGCAUAAAACCUGUGGCUUAAAGAAUUUUCUUAUUAAUUGCCAGUUGUGAGGAUUGUCUAAUACAUAUCUAUUCAGAAGUUCCUGCAUGCUUAAAAUAAUCAGAAAGGUGUGUUACAAAACUAGAGUUUGCAGCAUAAAACAUGGAUCUUUACUAAAUCAGUCUGAAUUGCUGCUAGCAAGGCACUGCUGGCAAGCUGGGGAUGCAUAUGAGAAUUGUUACUGGUCAUCAUUAUCUGAUGAUUUAAGUGUUGUGCCAACAAACAUUAUUACACUGAAGAUUUAAACAAUUCUCUUGGUUGCUGUUCUUGGUGGGCUUCUAUCAAUAUUGCCAGUUACAAGGUACCUGCCGUAGGUUUUUUUUCCCACCAGGCUCACCAUUUCUUGUUUUGUGCAUAUUAAUUCUGUGUGUAUUAAUGAAAGUACCAAGAUGAAGCUGUAAAAGCCCUGAGGCACUUGGAGCUAUUCAAGCAGUAGUAGAGAGGCUUAGAUUGACAACAGAGCACAGUAACUUUUCGAAGGCAUACAAAAUAGUAUGUUCUUUUACUGCUAUUUGCUCUAGUAAUCAUUUAGAACCUUUUAUCUGAUAAAAUCCUAAGUGGUGUAAAAGCAAAGAGAAAGUGAGUACUUGAAAGUUUUAUCUUUCAGUCUCCUAAUUACAGCAAUGUUUUCUGUUAGAGUAGCUACAUUUGAGGCAAAAUAACCCAGCAGGAACUGCCUUUCCAGCUGCAUCUGUGUUGUCUGAUGCAGCAGCUGGUAUAAUGCUCAUUGUAGCUGCUGUGACAUUUUUCUGCAUAACUUGCCUGGUGUGAAGGAGAUGGUGAACUACUGACCCAGAAGACUGUGGUCAUCCAAGGGAAUGCCAGCAGAACAAGUUCCUACCAGCCCGCUGAGUGAGGAGACUUCUUGCACUAAAUGUUAUCUAAAGUGAAGGUGGUUUGACUCUCUUGGUCAUGGUCAUGUAUUUGUGUCAUUUUAUGAGCUUCCGGGCCUGAAGGCAGUCUCAAAUGGGAAAAGACUUUGUAAUGCUUUGGCUGAGAGGACACUGCAGUACUUAAAAAAAUGGAACCAUGCACAUUACACUGUUAGGAAAAGUUGAGCAAACACUUUAUCUUUCUCCUCCA